AUGGUCAUCGAUCUUACGGUCGACUCAGACUCAGAGGAGAGAAAUGAGAAUCAUGUGCCAUCUUCAGCACCACCUCUUCAGAACAACACCCCCAAGUCUCCUUCCACUCUCACCCACCGCCCUGCGUCCUCAGUUCCCUUGAAAAGGAAAUCUGAAGAUGCAGAGGAACUGCUGGCAUCCUUCCUGCCCCGCCGGCCGCAAUCACAGCCGCGGUCUUUUUCCCAACCACAGUCGGCAAACCGCGCCAAUCAGCACGCCAUCUCUAUCGAAAUAGAGGAUGACGAUGAUGAUGACGAGGAUGUCAAGCCUGUUCAGAUUCGGCGCAGAGUUACAGCUGCUCGAACCUCCUCCUUUAAUCCUAACGCCAUCUCUGCUAGUAAGGAAAACAGACCUCUGCAGAUCAAGUCUAAUGCAACAUCUACUCGCUCAUCGUCACCCUUCAAUCUCACGACCACCAAUCACGAUCACCGCCGCAGCCAAGACCGGGAUGAAGACAGAAAGCAGAGAUCCCUCUUAAGCACCCGUCGGUCCAUAUCAUUUCAAACCCCCAGUCCCGGCCCUAUCUCUCUCAGCGUAGUAAUUCCCUCGCCUUCUCGGCGCCAGCAACAAGAACUCGAUUCAGCCGAAGUGAUCUCCGUCCCUUCUCCAAUUGGCCUCUCCGAGAACUUCUAUCCAACCGACGCAUAUGAGAAACGCGCCUUGAAAGGCGCAUACCCUGUGGCCCGAAAAGUCAAUCGAGCAGCCAUCCCAUUCACUAUCGGCGCCCCUGGCCCGCUGUUGACUUCUAAGCCGGAUAUCAGCGCACAGCUGCACCAAACCCUGCAGCAGAAGCUCGCAAAGAUCCGAGGCCCCAAAGUAACCUUUGCAUCUGGGGACCAGCACCAGCUAGCGCAGUUCGCAGCCAACUUUGAGUUCGUUAAUGCAUACAAGCUACGACAAGGGGUCACGCCUGUUCCAGAGGAGUUCCUUGCGGGAUGUAGCUGUGACGGAUUCUGCGAUCCAGCAAGAUGUCUUUGUCUCAGCAAAGAAGAGGAGACCAAUGACCCAAUGGUGCCGUAUAAGCGGGCUGACGAUGAUGGGCGAUUGUUGGUUCUCACCCCGGAGUUCCUAAAACGAAAAGCCAUGAUCUACGAGUGUAGUUCGAGAUGUGGAUGUGAUGAGCGGUGCUGGAAUCGGGUGGUGCAGAAUGGCCGGACGGUACGGCUAGAGAUUUUCCAGACCGGUAAUCGAGGGUUCGGCCUCCGCUCCCCCGACCACAUUCGCGCAGGUCAAUUCAUCGACUGCUACCUCGGGGAGGUCAUCACCAAAGAAGUGGCCGACAUCCGCGAAGACGUCGCGACAUCUCAAAACAGACACUCGUAUCUAUUCAGUCUCGACUUUCUCGCCACCGGCGAAGACAGCAAAUACGUAGUAGACGGACACAAAUUCGGUGGUCCAACGCGAUUCAUGAAUCACUCAUGCAACCCUAACUGUCGCAUGAUUACCGUGACCCGCAACCACGCUGACGAUUACCUGUACGACUUGGCUUUCUUCGCUUUUAAAGAUGUGCCGCCUAUGACGGAACUGACAUUUGAUUAUAAUCCCGGCUGGGAGAAAGUCAAGAAAGUUGAUCCGAAUGCCGUUCCUUGCCUCUGUGGGGAGAGUAAUUGUCGAGGUCAGCUGUGGCCGAAUCAGAGGAAGGCGAAGAGGGGGUGA